CACCUGAAAAGCGAAUCCAACGGGUCAAAUAAUCUAAACAAAAUCCAAAAUGAAAAAUCCGACGGCUCAUCAUCUCAGAUUCUGACCCACGAAAAAUAGCCGUUACAAAUCGCGUCCCCGGCUCAACGUUCCUAUUUUUUCUCCCCUGCCAAUCAGAAAAUCAACUUAGUUGGCCAAGAAAUCAGAAAAUCAUCAAAAUAUCACACAGAGUCAUACAGUCUUCCUCAUUCUUUAACACACACUCUCUCUCUCUCUUUAUCUCUCCUUCGGUUUUCAGAAUCCUUUUUGGCCAUAUAAUUAUCGCUGAACUUUCUUUAUUUUCCGAUGGAAUUGGCUUGCAAGAACGCCGGAGUCAUGACUCCGAUGAAAGAAUCACAUGGUUAUCGAUCAAAGAAUCAGGAAUGCUCAAAACUUUCGGAGAAUUUUAAUCCCAACGUGUCUCGUCGUAGCCCGGGUUCGAAAACCUUGAACACCCCUGUUUCAGCCAAGACAGUGAUCUCUUUGAAGUCGGCGUCGAAGAACGCUAAUUCAGGUGCCUGUUUAUCUCAGAACAAGAUCCGUCAGAGGAAGUUCGUGACUGCAAAGAACAAUCCGAAGAAAGAAGACGACGUCGUUUCUAGUUCGCCAGCGAAGUGCAAGUGCAAAGACACAUAUAAAAAGAAGUGUCUUUGUGUGGCCUACGAGAGUUUGAGAGCGUCCCAGGAAGAAUUUUUAAAGAAUCAGGCAGAUGAGCGGGAUCAAUCCAAGGCUUGUGAAGAAUCAGGGAUUCUGACGACGAUACAAGACUGUCCAAUUGAUGAAUUUGGCUCAAUGAUCAACGAGACACAAUCACCUGAUCAAGUGGGCGGUCCGACAAUGAAACGUCAGAGGGACAAAUUGAUGGAAGAGGCGAGAAGGAGCGUCCCAGAAGGAGGAUGUGGUAGAGUGAUGCAUCUGGUGAAAGCAUUCGAGAAGCUUCUAACAAUUCCGAGCUCGAAGGACCGUGAUGAGAAGGAGGAGGAGAAGGAUAAGUUACUAGAGGAUGAUCAGAAGAAAGCCGCGAAAUGGGCAUUGCCAGGAUUGCAACCUCCUCCAAAGGCACCUGAAACUGAGGUUUCAUCUUCAUCAUUCUGCCCUUCGGAUUUAUUCCUCACACCCGAAAGCCUUGGCUUGGACCCACCUAUUUCACUUUCUUCUUCUUGUGAUGAUAAUAGCAUCCGUGAAAGUGUAUCGAGCAGGACUUCUAAUGGGGGUCAAAGGAGCAGGAGAAAUAGCUUGGAAUCGCCAUGCACUUCUGGAGGAAGGAGGCGGAAAAAGAAACACUCAAAAGCCACAAGCCAGAAACCAUUCAAGCUGAGAACAGAGCAAAGGGGAAAGGUGAAAGAGGAAGAAUUUAUGAAGAAGUUACAGGAAGAAAUGUUUGAAGAAGAGAAGCAGAGAAUACCCAUUGCACAGGGUCUUCCAUGGACUACGGAUGAACCAGAGAACCUCGUAAAACCUGUAACUAAAGAAAUCACAAGACCCAUGGACCUGAAGCUUCAUAGUGAGCUACGGGCGAUAGAUCGUGCUGACUUUGACCAUCAGGUGGCAGAAAAGUUUACCUUUAUUGAGCAAUUCAAGAUGGAAAGAGAGAGGCAACAGAAGUUAGAAGAAGAAGAAGAAGUCAGAAGGUUAAGAAAAGAACUCGUCCCUAAAGCACAACCCAUGCCUUAUUUUGACAGGCCCUUUAUCCCCAGGAGAUCAACGAAGCCUCCAACCAUCCCUAGAGAACCCAAGUUUCAGAGUCCUCACAGUCAACACAAGAAUGAUCAGAUGCUGAUUAUUAUGGAAUGACAUUAACUCCUGCACUACAUUAAGACUAGAUGGGCUAUUAUAGACAUGUGCAGAGAGAAAAAACCAUCGUCUAUAUUUUUGCCCCGUCUGAAGAGUGUUGAUUGAUUUUUGUAUACAAGCAAUUGAUGUAGUUGAAGAUUUUUCCUUAAGCCUUUUUUCGGUUGUAACUGUGUAAUGGUCCUCAAGAUGAGAAAGGGCGACUCCACCCCA